AUGAGUUGUACGGAAAAUGAAAGUGGCCCUUUUGUCGUGUUCUUCUUACCAGCGGUCGUUGGCUGCCUGACCAUACUCCUGGCUAGACGCUGGGCGAACUCCCAAGUUAGCAAUACUUCGUCUACAGCCGUCUCUAGGCGGCGAAAAAUCAUUAAAGACCCGCUUAUCAAGCGGCCCCUGCCGCAGAUAACAAGUAAAAUGAUGCCACCCGGAUCUAAAAAAACUUCUGGUGUAAAUAAGAAGGGUGCAUUUGCAGUUGCCGAUGAGGAAAUAAAUGGCAGUGGCAAGAAGAUUCGAUCUUCAAGAGCUGCUCCCACACCUUCUCCAAAUGCUGUCUCAGAAGUGAAGCUGGCAGAUGUGCCAGUAGCACCAAAACACAUCCCCUUCCCCUACAUACCACAAGAUGGCAACCUGCUCUUUGAAGCUAUGACAUUUGUCUUCACUCUUGUGGCAACUGGGUUACAGUUCUUGAAUCUAUACAGAACAGCCUGGUGGUUACCUCAUUCUUACACAAACCAGGCUAUGAAUUUCUAUUUGAUCGACCCUCACUUGGUGGCGUUUAUAGUGACAAUAAUAUUCCGGAAACUAUUACUAAGUAUCAGUUUAGCAAUACUGAGAGGUAUCCUCGCACCAAAAUUGAUGCCACAUGCUACUAUAGCUGCCAGGAUGUUCAUAUUGGGUGUGGUGCUAGGCGCCCUCUCGUGGUGCACCUACUUCAUCGUGCUAAAGUACCCAGUCGUGAAAAUAUUCUAUUUGUUAUACCCGGCCGUGAUAUACUUCCUGCUAUUCGGCUUCCAGUCAGCUCCAUUCCUAGAGUUGAACACAAGCGACCCUCCACUACACUGUUGUACACACGACGCUGCACAGAUACGGACAGAAGUGGAAGCGUUACGGCAAGAUUUCAAUGACAGGAUGAAGAAAAUCAUAUUCAAUUCCGUUGUUGGAGCUUACUACUCCAGUUUUAUACCUUGCACUUUUGCACAGCCAUAUCUCUACUACGAGGUAUACGCAGCGUCGCAACAGACCGCGUUUGUAUGGGCGGGUCUAUUCGCUCGGUACGUGAGCCAGCUCGUCAGUGCGACGUACUGCGACGUGCCGCACCGGUCCGCGCUACAUCUCGGACGGUGGAAACCUGAUCAUAAUUCUUGUACAGAAGGCAAUGAGAUCCAGGCGUGGUCCGCGGAGCGCAUGUGGUCCCGCGGCGCGCGCGUGUCGUGCGGCGGCCGCGUGUACGUGGCGGCCGCGCCCGCCGUCGCCGCAGACCCGGCCACUGUCGCGCAUACUCGCUUCUAUACAGUGUUCGCGAACCCCUCACUAUUACUCUGCGCCAUGUUAUGCCUACAGCUGUCGCUAAUAAUACUACAGCUGUGUCUACUAUUCAGUUCUAUACAAUGGCACAACUUCCUAGCUAUAGUCAUAUUACUCUUCAUAAACUAUUACACACUGUUUAAAAUGGUCCGCGACUAUCUAGUUGCCUGGAAAGUCUAUAAAGCAGAAAAUAUGAUACAGGAUAAAAAUGGCACCUUACAUUCUGUGCCCAACUAA